AUGAAGAAGGGCUUCUUUCUUGGCUUAACGCCUUGCCUGCCUUGGCUUACUAGAGGUAGAGGAAGAAACGGCAAAGGUUCAACCCUCUCUUCCUGCUCCUCGACCACUCACCCCUUUCCACCCACUCUCGGACUGUUGAUGCCCCUCAACCGUGACAUCACGAAGCUCACCAACCCAAGCCGAUCUUGUGUUGAAGAUUCUUGCAUGAAGGAGGACGGCUCGAGAAUGCUACUUCUUGCCGUUUCUGUUCGACUUGAGACGAGACGAGGAAGAGCUUUUUCUUCAACUCAAACGCUUACCGGUGAUAUCAAGGCGUUGUCAGAGAUAUGA